AUGGGCUGCGGAGCUUCCUCUGCAGCUGGAGACAAGGCCAUCGUGACAGCCACAAAAAUCGAUCCUCCUAGCGGUGAGAGCCAAGCGGCUUCUCAGAAACCUGUAGAGGAACUCUCUGCAGGAACGUCCAGUGCUGAAGAGCAGAGCACGCAUCCAGCAGAAGCAGAGAAGUCUCCUAAGGAAAGUCACAGUCCUCCACCAGAUGUCUCAUCCUCAGCUCAGGCGAAAGCUCCCAAAUCGGAGCCAGAGGCCCCUUCUAAGCUGUCGCAGAAUAUCGAAGUCAAGCAAGACGACGUGAAACCUGCGGAGCCAGCAAAGCUGGCCCCUAAGGAAGCUGCCGUCGAUCCAAGCAAGGACCCCUUCGCGAAGCCCGUUCUGCCAACCGCUGUUCCGCUGCAUCCUGCGGCUCCGUCUUCUCCCGCGGUUGCUGCCAGCUCGGCCGGAACCCCGACCCCAGCCACAGAGGCGCCCGGUUCAAAGUCCCCGGGCAGUGUCGUCAGCACUCCGAAGCCUGCAGACAGCCCGGUGCCCGGUACCCCGGUCAGGGAACCGGCGGCAGAAAGCAAGACGCCUGGACCAAGCAAUUUGAGCAAGAGCAGCGGAGCGGAGUCUGAGAGGAGUAAAACGGAGCAGGAAGUGGUGCAUACGCCCCGGGCAGCAACGGAGGCAGCUAUCGAAGCGCUCAUGGAUGACGUGUCGGCUGCGCACUGA